CACCCAGGGUGAUGGGGGUGGAUAGGCGCUUUUAAGAAGGUUAAUCGGACGCAAAAAGGUUUUCACGUCUACAACAACUGGAAUACAUUAUUUUUUAUGUUAAUUUGCUUACUGUGAAGAGAAUAUUUAUAUCUACAGUUUUCUAUUUGCACUAGUUAACGGUACUUCAACUACUGCGUUUUUUACGAAAGAACUGGAUCACUCAUCUGUGAAAGAAGACAUUUCCUCAGCAACCAGCACUUUGUUUUUAUUCUUUUGCUCUGCUCAAGCUUGACCUUGAAUUUUACAAGGCUUGAUAUCACGUGAGUUUUCAAGCACCCUCUGGAAAUAACGUUUUUGCACCUGAUCAGUUCAGCAGCUAUGCAGCUUGAAAUCCAAGUAGCACUCAACUUUAUAAUUUCUUACCUGUACAAUAAGCUGCCGCGGCGCCGCGUCAACAUUUUCGGUGAGGAGUUGGAGCGGCAGCUGAAACAGAAAUACGAGGGACACUGGUAUCCAGACAAGCCAUACAAAGGGUCCGGUUUCCGCUGCAUACAUGUAGGGGAGAAAGUAGACCCUGUUGUUGAGCAAGCAGCCAAAGAAAGUGGGUUGGAUAUCGAAGACGUUCGUAACAACCUUCCUCAGGAUCUCAGCGUCUGGAUCGAUCCUUUUGAAGUGUCUUAUCAGAUUGGGGAAAAGGGACCAGUCAAGGUGCUGUAUGUGGACGACAGCAAUGAGAACGGUCUGGAGUUGGACAAAGAGAUCAAGAACAGCUUUAACCCAGAGGCCCAGGUUUUCAUGCCAAUCACAGAGCCUCUGGGACCCUCGCCCACAUCCAGCUCGCCUUCCCCUCCCUUCGGCCAGUCAGCCUCCGUCAGCCCUACUUUCAUGCCACGCUCCACCCAGCCAUUAACCUUCACCACUGCCAUGUUUGCUGCCACUAAGUUCGGCUCCACCAAAAUGAAGAGCAGUGGUCGCAACAGCAACAAGGUGGCACGCAGCUCCCCCACCAACCUGGGGCUGAAUGUGAAUAACCUUCUGAAACAGAAAGCCAUCUCCACCUCGAUGCAUUCGCUCUACAGUCUCGGCUUGGGUGGACAACAGCAGAAGUCCUCGGCUCUGUCUCCCAAUGCCAAGGAGUUUGUGUUCCCCAGCUUCCAGGGCCAGGGAAGCCCAAGUGCAAUGUUUCCUGGAGAGAGCUCGCUCAACCUGAGCCUCAAUCCUCUUCAGUAUAAUAAUGCCUUUGAUGUGUUCGCCACCUACGGGGGCUUAAACGAAAAGUCCCUGAUGGACAGCCUGAACUUCAGUCUAAGCAACAUGCAGUAUUCUAACCAGCAAUUCCAGCCAGUGAUGGCCAAUUAGGAAACAAAUAUGCUACUAAAAUGACCAGAGAUAUGUGAUGGGGGUUGGGGAGGUUAGUUUCUAAAAUUCUACAAAAAAGAGAAAAAAAAAUAGAAAAGAGAGUAAAGGAAAAGGUUACAUAAUAACUGUACAGUCAUAGUGUACAAGCUAAGGAGCAUGAGCCCGAGGGUGAAUACUUUGCCCCCUUGAGUUUUUUGUUAUUUCUUUCUUUUCUUUCUUUUUUAUAAUAAAGCUUGUAGUACUUCAUGUCCAAGCUUGGUUACCUAAACUCAGCAUUGUUUUCUUUUGCCAACCAAGCACAAAAUUAUUUUUUAUUGACUGUUUUAAGAUAUCUUUAUGAGGAAGUGAAACACAAGUUAUGGCCUCUUACAGUAUUUAAGAUAUAUAGCUGGACAGCCAAUUUUUAAAGGAUUGGCAUAAAUACUAAGUGGAAUUUUUUCUAAUUGUAUAAUUUAAUUUAGUACAGAGUUUGUAAAAUAUCAGAGUAUAUAUUGUUUCUACAACAUGGUAUUGCAUUUAUAUCUUUUUACUACUCCAGUGAUCUGUGAUGGCUGAAGCAGCUUUUGUGUUAUUUCCUUUUUUAUUGAAAUUGUAAACUGAAUUCAUCUUUAAAAAAAAUUUACUAUUCUGAAGAUUGUGUACAGAAUAUUCCGUAGUGGUGGGAUUUAAGAAUAUUUGCUUUUUGAAAAAACAUAAGAGUUGUAUUUUCUGUUGAGGGUAAAAAAUGUUUUUGCUAUAUUAUGGACAAAAUGUAAUCGUAUAUUAAUUUUGUACCUACAUAGUGCAAUACUUGAUAAAAACACACGGUAUAACAAGUAUUGAGUCAGUGUCUUACAUGUCAAGAGGGACUGAUUAUUAGUUUAUUAAGUUUGUAUUAAAAUGCUUGAAAAGAUA